UUGCCUGGAUUUAAUCCUGAUGUCUGUCCAGAUCGUCUUUUUGGGUCCACAGAAGGAGUGAUGUAUCACCAGUAUCUAACUAGACAGGACGUCUUAUUGUAUUGGAGGAAGAGCGUAUGCAAACUCAUGCCACUGUAUUUUGAAAGCGAAAUAGUGAUUGACAACGUACCAGUAUAUCGGUACAAUUUAUCGGAAAUAGUCUUCGAGAGGGUAACCAACGGCACCGACUGUUAUGAUACAGUGCCUUCUCUUCCUUCUGGGUUGAGCGAUGCGUCGAAAUGUUAUUACGGUUUCCCUAUGACUGUGUCUUAUCCGCAUUUCUACACGGGUUCGCCUCCAAAGGACCACUACGUCACAGGUCUCACCCCAGAUCGGCAGAAACAUAACUCCUACGUUGUAGUAGAACCGUUGACUGGUGUACCAUUCCGUGCUGUAGCAAGGAUGCAAAGCAACCUUCGGAUCCAUGAUCUCUCAAAUUUCCCCAAAGAAUACGAUAGAUUUUCGAAUCAAGUUAUACCAUUGUUUUGGGCAGAAUACAGUCAAGAAGGUCUACCGACGAUAAUAAGAUUGACUAUUUAUUUUAUGGUGGUGGUCUUGCCACCAAUGUCGACGGUUAUAUUUAUAUUGACGCUCCUUUUUGGAUGCUUCCUGAUAUCGAGACGAAUUUAUGAUUACAAAAUCAUUCAUAAAUUUGUUCCUUCUUUAAAUCGAUUAAAAAAUAAAAAUAAAACUAUUACGCGGAAUAAAAUAUUAGUAUACGAAAAAGAAUCAUUUUUGAAAAUACAAUAG